AUGGCCGGUGGUAGGGUAUAUAGCGGUGGUGCUUCUUCGUCCAGCUUAAGUGUUUUGCUUCAGAAUCAGAGGGGUCCUUGUGCUUCUGAGCCUCUUGAUUCUCUGUUCCUUUCUGGGUCUUCUAAUUCUUCCUCUGCUUCUCCUUUUCUUGGUUCAAGAUCUAUGGUGAGUUUCGAAGAUGUUCGUGGAGGAAAUGGAUCGAAUAGGUCAUUGUUCCACCAGUAUGAGCACGAAGACAAUGGGGACGACGACUUAGAUGAGUAUUUCCAUCAACCUGGAAAGAAGAGGCGGCUAACUGUUGACCAAGUCCAGUUUCUUGAGAAAAGCUUUGACAUGGAGAACAAGCUUGAACCGGAAAGGAAAAUCCUUCUCGCAAAGGACCUAGGCUUGCAGCCUAGGCAAGUUGCAAUAUGGUUCCAGAACCGCCGGGCAAGGUGGAAAAAUAAACAGCUGGAGAAGGAUUACGAGGUUUUGCAAGCCAACUACAAUAGUCUCAAAGCUGAUUGUGAGAGCCUUGCUAAAGAAAAUGAAAAACUAAAGGCUGAGGUUCUUGUUCUCUCGGAAAAGCUGCCCCACAAAGAGAAAGAGAGUGGAACCUCAGAACUCUCUGAUACCAACAAAGUGUCUCAAGAGCCAACGCAGAAUCCAACAGCUGAUUCGCUUUCAGAGUGUGAAGUAUCCAAAGUCUCAGCUGUGGCCUCUAAGCAGGAAGAUCUUAGUUCAGGCAAGAGUGAUAUAUUUGAUUCAGAUAGCCCACAUUACACUGAUGGGGUUCAUUCUUCAAUAUUGGAGCCUGGUGAUUCUUCAUAUGUUUUUGAACCUGAUCAGUCUGACCUUUCCCAAGAUGAAGAAGAUAACUUGAGCAAAAGCCUGUUGCCUCCAUACAUCUUCCCAAAGCUCGAAGAUGUUGAUUACUCCGACACGCCUGCAAAUUCAUGUAAUUUCGGAUUCCCAGUGGAAGAUCAUGCCUUUUGGUCCUGGUCUUACUAA